GGUUAAACUAUCUGUCAUGUAUAGAAUACCCCUUGAUGAUUAUAAUUCAAACUUAGAUGUUAAAUUCAACACUUGUUCAAGUACUAGAAAUUGCAACCAACCCAAAUUCAAUUUUCCUACUGACAGAGCAUCAAGAGCGAUGUAUUGAUUCAAUUAAUACCGAUUUUAGGUCUGGCAGAAGUUCCAAUGUUAAGAAUUAGUUUGAUGUAAUGUGCUUUUUAAUGGGAGUUGAACUUGAAAGAUUGAAUUAAGAGAAUGAAAAAUUGAAGUAUCAAAACCUAGAAAUCAAAGAAAAUACUUAUGAUAACAAAAAUUAUGAAUUUUAGCUAAAAGACUUAUCAGAAAGAUUGGUGAAGAAGGAACUUAAAUGCUAGGAUCUAGAGAAUCAAUUAACUGAUGCAAACAAGAUGAUAGCCCAAAAGGAAAUAUUAGUGCAAAACUUAUAUUAAUAAAUAAAUCAGCAGUUAUAAGUCAUUUAGUAAUUAUAAUAUACAAUCAAAUAAUUGGAAUGUAAAUUAGGAUUUUUGGUUUGCGAGAAUGAAAAUUUAAGCUCUAAGAGAAACGAAGAAUCAAUAAAUAUAUAACUAGUAGCUAAGACACAGAAGGACUAUGAAGAGUUGUAAAAAGUUUAUAGUUCGUUGUUGGAUAAUUAUAAUCUGUAGAAUGAAAAGUUGAGUAGAAUUGAUGCUUAACAUAAAGAAUUAGAAUAUAAUUAUUAAUAAGUGAUAGAAAAGAAACAAUAAUAAGAGAUGGAAAACAAAAGCAAAAUGAUUUAAUAUGUUGAUUGUAAAUAGAAAUUAACCUUCUUAACUGUUGAGUUAGAUCGUAUGAAUGAGGUCAUCCAAUAGUAGAAAUAAGAGUUAGAUUAAAAAUCAAAGAAGUUCGAUAGCAAAUAAUAGAUAAUGAUGAUGCGAAUAAUUCUGCAUUGUGCUGAGAUUGAUAGACUGAUUGAUGUGCAAAGUAAAUUAAUGAAUGAAAAUAAAUGGUAUCGAAAUCAAGUAGAAUUAUAUGCAAUGAUGAUCGGAGAUAAUAAUAAUACUAAUAAUAAUAAUAAAGUAGUUAAAUUAGAUUUUUGA